AUGCGGACAAAUGGCGCCGUUGUUGUGGCUGCGCUUUUGUUAUUCAUAGUCACCGAAGUCGGUGGAGUUGCGGGGGUGUCAUCGCGCGGCGAACCAAUAUCAGCCGCGAUAGCGGAUUCAUCGCUGGGGCGAGUAAAUUUUCUGGUUGGUGUUGCACAGCUGGGCGCGCAGCAAGAAAACGCCACACGCUGUGGCAGAGAACUUGAAUUGCUCUUGAAGGCUGUUGCACGCAAAGAGUUUUGGAGUUUAAAAGUGCUCGACUCGUUUGGUGCGCCGCCGAAGUCCUUCAGCUGGGGUAAUCUUCAUUGGUUUGCUUCACAGCGGCAGUGCAUUGACCUGAAUUCGCCAUAUGCGGUCGCCUUCUCGCCGGCGUACUUGCGCACCUAUAGGAUUAAUCCCUUCAACAUCACCAGCCCGUUUCCCUUGCGCCUCACGAUGCUUUACAUGCGUUUCGCCACGCCGCAUUACAUUGACUUGCGGCUUCCUUAUGAGUCUUUCAUUCAUAUCGGCUUGUGUUUACCACAAUCCUGUUCGGUCUCAGCGGUGCAACGCUAUACGGAUGAAUACUUUCGGCGCGGCGAUUUUGUGAUGCAGCGCGACUUCGAACUGCAAUUGCAAUCGGUGGCGGCCAGAGCGCCGUCUUUCAGUUUGGAUUUCUUUAAGCAAACCGGAACUAUAAUUUCCAUCACAAUUAUCACCACACUACUAUUGCUGAUUUGUUUAGCGGAAAUCGUACAUCGCUCCAAAGAGAAGCUGGAAUUACAACAAUUGCUGCAUACAAAAGCUCCCAACGUUGCGCCAACAAAUGCUAGCGGCUGUAUGCAUACAACAAAUGUAUCGCUGGAGCAACGAAACGAAAGAACUUGUACUACAAAAAGCUCAACACUGGAGGAGCUUUUACUUUGUUUCCGGUUGGUGGAGAAUUGUCGGCGUGCACUACAGCCAGAGCGGCCGAAUUCGAAUUCAAACUUUUUGAGCGUUAUUGCCGGUGUGCGCACCAUCAUCUGCCUUUGGGUAUCCACAUUUCAUGUCUACUACUAUUCGGUAUUCGCUCUAUCGAAUGCACCAAUGAUGUUCGCGGUGUUGGCGAAUUUUCUCAACCAACCACUUUUGCAGGCUGUCGUUUUUGUGGAUGUUUUCUUUAUUAUGAGCGCUCUCCUGUUGGUGUACAAUUUCCUGUCAGCUGAGGCAAAACUGAAGACGAUUCGUCAAAAUAAUUUCGUACAGAAUACAAAACUAUUUGGCAAGCGUGUGUUGCAUCGUUAUCUGCGCCUCACGCCAAUGCUCAUUGUAACGAUGCUGCUAAGCGAUAUGUUCUACGAUCUGAUCAAUACAUAUUCACCCUUUUAUUUGGGCGUUAAUAGCGGCUAUGAUUGCAAGCAGCGCUGGUGGCACAAUCUACUUUAUGUACAAAAUUUCUUGGACAUGCGAGAUAUUUGCUGCUCGUGGACCUGGUACCUGGCUUGUGAAAUGCAGUUCUACAUACUCAUAACAGCCUUGCUAUUUUUGUAUGCUAAAAGUGAAAGUUUGGCCAAAAUCGUUUUCGUUACAUUUACGCUGGGCUUUGCAACGUUCGGGUGGUUAUGCAACUACAGCAAUGGCAUUACGUUCGACCUCGACGUCCUACAUUCCACGCUGAAUCAGCUGUACGUGAAGCCGUGGGUGCGUAUCAAUCCAUAUCUCGGCGGUGCCUUUUGUGGCUGGCUGCUGCAUCAUCAUGGCCAGAGGCGGCGGCAGCGAUGUCUACAGUCCCAACAGCAGCCUCCGCAACAACAACAACAACAACAACAACCGCCGCAGCCACAACAAUUGCCGCAGCAGCAGCAGCCGCAUUAUCCCCAACGUCAGCAAAAAAGUGAAAUGGCAGCAUCUGCAACUGUCGAUUCGAAGGCGACCAACGAUGAUGCGAGUAUUGGUAGGUGGCAUGCGGCUUUUUGGCUUUUCAUCGGCAUCGUCUAUGCGGUGGCGAAUUUCAUGAGCUACUGGCGCAGCACACCCACAUGGCUGGUGGCGACAAUUAUGUCCUUUGGCAAAUUGCUUUUCGCACUCUGCAUCGGCGGCGGCAUUUUGAUGUGCGCCUGGGGAUACGGUGGCCGCUUGAAUGCCUUGCUGAGUGCGCAUCUCUUUCGGCUGCUAAAUAAAUUCUGCUUCAGCAUAUAUUUGCUAACGCCCGUAAUUACAAUGGUCGCCUAUGGUUUGCGCAAUGAGCCGACCAACUUCAAUGAAAUUGCCUCCGCAACGGACUUUAUUGCGGUGAAUGUGUUGGCGGUGCUGUGUUCGUUUUUGGCUUAUGUGCUGGUGGAGUUGCCCGUGCAGAGAAUGUGCAACAGAUUGUUGCACAAGCGGCGGUAAGCAAAAGGGGGCGGUUAACAGAGAGGCGAUGAGCACGCACGGAUAUCAAUGAUAAUUGAUUAGGAAAGGGUAACCAACUUCUUUGUUGAAUUUAUAUAUAUAAAAAACAAGCAUUUAGUAUUAGACUUUAUAUGUAUGUAUUAGGGAAAAAAUAAUGAAUUUCUAUGUUAUUUGUAUGAAUUUUUUAUAAGAUAAGUUUUUAUUAUCUUUAUACUUAGAAAGCGUAUUUUAUUGGACGAUAUCAAUUUUUAUACAACAAUAAAAAGCGUCCAAUAAUUUUACAUUAAAGAAAUAUCUUUACAAACUAAUAAAACAAAUUAUGGGGACUCUACACCAUGAGUCGGAAUCAUCCAUUGCUUUUUUGUUUGACUCCGACGCGGUAGUACCAACUAGC